GGAACGUCGAGCUGAAAACGCUCAGUCGUGAAUUGAAUUACGUUAUGAACGGACACAGCGUACUAAAGCGGUUUAGCAUUUGAGAAGCAAGUUUCGAAAAACGGUUGCGUUUGUUGAUAUUCGAAAUAUUCCUCAUACAAAAUAAAUUGCGUAAAUAAAAGCAGAGGUGUUGAAGGUCGCAACCGAUGACUAAAUUAGCGCAGAUGUUGUUGAUCAAUAGCAAAUAACGCAAUAAAACAAGUCAAGUCUGUUAGAAGUCCAAGUGAGGAAAAAUCAAAACGCGCAGUACUCGUAUUUUCAAGUUCAGUGCAAACGUGUUGCCGAGGAAAUAAAUAAAUUAGCAUUAGCUAAGUGCUUCAAUUGUAUACGAAAAAAAUAACAACAAUUCUAAUACAGAAUACAAAACGUUGGUGAAUUGUGAAAACUAGAAGAGAAUCUCAACGAAAAAUUGCAAAUUAAACCAAGAGCGCAGAAAUAUAAAGAGGAUCUUGCAAAUAUGUCUAAACCACUGACGAACACUUGCUGCUUCUGCCAAUCUCUACGAAAUGGCUCCAUUAUAUCGGGUCUUCUGGCGAUCACACUAUCCAUUAUAACGAUCGUUAUAAGUUUGACAUUACGCAUAGAUUUCAAUACCAUAGACUUCGAUUGGCUGCCAAAGAAUACCGUUAAGAUUAUAUUAAUUAUAAAUCUAUGUAUGACAAUACUUAUAUCAUUGCUCAUGAUUAUUGGCGUAGUGAAGCGUAAUCACUAUUUGAUGAUGCCAUGGGUUGUUUUGGGCAUUAUGAUAGCCAUUGGUUUACUCAUAUCGGUGAUUUAUACUGCCGUGAAGUUCUUCAUUGACGGUUACAUGCUGACUGGUAUACUAUGGCUGGUCGUUGGACUACUCACAACAGCGAUUCUCUCCUACUGCUGGUGCGUUGUUUACAGUGAAUACGUGGUUUUGUUGCAGGAGAACGAAAGGGGACGCUACAACAAACAAUUAUACCGCCGUUAAGCGAGUAACGAAAGCGAUUAAACGAAAUUAAAAUAUUUAAGGAAAAAUAAAAGGUGUGAAGUAACUUGUUUUCUUUUUUCAAACUGUGCAAAUUAAAUGUUCAUACCAUGAGCGUAUGUACUAUAUAGUAUGUAUGCGACAGCAUUUGAAAAAUCAGCACAAGACAAGUAAUAUGCACAACACUUCAAGUAGCAGAAACUAUAUACUCUUCGUCAUUUAUUUACCAAACUAAUUAUAAUUUAUUUAUAAAUUUAAUUUAAAUUUUAUAAAAGAAUAAAUUUUUAUUAUAAUUCAUCACAUUUUUUUCACUAUCUAUCUACCAACCAAACUCACCGUACUUGCCUCCACAAUGUGUUGUUCUUCACACUCUUUGCUCAUCGUAUGAAUUUACUGGAAUUAGUGCAAAUUUUUUUCAAUUAACAAAAAUUUCAAAAUAUAAAAAUACUAUGUAUGUAUUUGUUAAUAUUUAUGGGUACACGCAU